AUGGGCGGGAACUUAGAAGGUUGGUACUUCAACCAAAUCAAGGGGACCUGUGAAGAUGUCAAUGAAGCUGAUAUUAUAUCUUGUGUUGAAUAUGAUAAAACUGGCGACUUUUUAGCAACCGGUGACCAUGGCGGUAGAAUAGUGAUUUUUAAACGAGAAAAUGAAGAUAAACUUCAAAAAUGCAUCAGUCACAAUGUGUAUUGUACAUUUGUCAGUCAUGAACCGGAAUUUGACUAUCUUAAAUCAUUGGAAAUUGAAGAGAAAAUCAAUAAAAUCCGAUGGUUACCACGUACUAAUCAUGCACAAUUUCUGCUUUCUACAAAUGACAAAACAAUUAAACUUUGGCGCAUUACUGAACGGUGUCGACGUGUUGCCAAUAGUACUUGUACAUCCUCUGAUUACUUCUUACACAAUAAUACAACUAGCAGUACUAAUACUACCGAUAAUGAUGAUAAUCUUAUGUUGAACGAUAAGAAUAACUCAUCCGUUUCAUUGAAUAAAAUUUAUCAGAAAACUGAUCUACGUAUACCAUAUUAUGAAGAUAUUGACCCUGUCAUGGAUGCACAUCCUAAACGAAUAUUUGCUAAUGCACAUACUUAUCUUAUCAAUUCAUUAUCAGUGAAUUCCGAUCAAGAAACAUUUCUCUCAGCGGAUGAUUUAAGAAUUAAUUUAUGGAAUUUAGAAAUUACCAACCAAUCAUUCAAUAUUGUUGAUUUAAAACCUGUGAAUAUGGAAGAUUUGUCUGAAGUGAUAACAGCUGCGCAAUUUCAUCCAUCAGCGUGUUCAUUAUUUAUUUACAGCAGCAGUAAAGGCACCAUACGUUUAUGUGAUAUGCGUCAACGUGCACUGUGCGAUGAACAUGCAUUGUCGUUUGAAGAAGUCGACGAUCCAAUGAGUCGGUGUUUUUUCUCUGAAAUUAUUAACAAUAUAUCCGAUUUAAAUUUUAGUCAUUCCGGUCGUUAUAUUUUAAGUCGAGAUUACUUAACAUUGAAAGUUUGGGAUUUAAAUAUGCCUCGUCGACCAGUUGAAACUUACCUUGUUCACGAUUAUUUCCGUACAAAAUUAUGUGCACUCUAUGAAAAUGAUUGUAUAUUUGAUAAAUUCGAAUGUCAAUGGUCACCAAACGAUGAUAUGGUUGUCACCGGUUCAUACAAUAAUUACUUUCGUGUAUUUGAACGUGGUACCUCGAAUGAUCUACUAAUGGAAGCAUCUCGUGAAGCUAUGGAAAAUAGUGUAUGCGGUAAACUGAAACCAUGUCAAGUGAUAUCUGAUGGAACUAUCGGGGGUAGCAGUGCCAGUAGUAGUGGUGCUUUCGCUCGAUCAUGGUCUGAGGGUAAAGUCAAUGUGGAAUGUAUGGAUUUAACACGUAAACUGCUUCAUUUAUCAUGGCACACACGUGAAAAUACUCUAGCGUUGGCUGGUACUAGUAGUCUUUACUUACUUGACUACUAUCCUGAUAAUCGUCAGUUAAGUGAUAA